GUGUCCCCAGGGGCUCAGCCUUUAUGGUGUCACCACACGCAGGAGCAAAGUCUGUGGGGUUCAGCAGCUGCUUCUCAGUGAACUGGACAACCUUCGCAACAGCCUUCCCCCUGUGUGUGGGGGAGUCUGGGGUCUCCUCGAGGCCUGAUGGGUGUGUGUAUCCCUGGACACCAUGUGCUGCUCUCAAGGAUCUGGCCCCAUGAGAGAAAGGUGCAGCCCCACAGGGGCUGAAGCUGCCUUGAGCUGCUGCGGAGCCCCCAGUCUGCUGAAGCCUCCCCAUGUGGGCAGUGUAGCCAACAAGGUGCCCUGGGGAGCAUCAAGUACAUCCUGUGUGUUUCGUAGAGGUGGAGGCAGGCCUGGUGAGGCAGGGAGCUGGCUGUGGUGUGUGCCUGGCAUGGGAAAAGGCCCUGGCAGUCAGACAUGCUGGUGUGGGCAGAGGCAGUGCUGGACGUGGUCUGUGUCAGGUGAUGGUGGGGGAUAGGAUUUUCAGCUGAGUGCUGAGGGAUGGUUCCUGGAGUCUCAUUUUUUGUGGAUGAGUGCUGCUUCAUUUGUGCUCUCCUCUUCUGCUGUGCUUCCAGGUAUGGCUUUUGUUCUAGACUGUAACUUCUUCUUUCCCUUUCAUUUCACCUGCAAUCCCCAAGAAAACUUUUAAUCUGCGUUUUCUUACCUAACCCUGUCUAGCCUGGGAUCAAAGCUGGUGAUAAGAGCAUAGCCCUGUUGUUAUUAUGAGCUCAGCUUUAUUAAAGGAAUAUCCACAGCCUACAGAGCUGUAAUGACUAACCUGAGCCUCCCAGCUCCAUAGUGCAUAUUUACACAACCUCUUUUUCUCUCUGCACCUGCUCACAUCCCUCUCACUGUGAGUGCCCUUGCUUUGGAGGAUGACAGUAACAUCAGAUUCUUCCACAUCUCUGGCAGCUAGAGCAAGGACCUAGGCUGAGCUCAUUGCCUCACUAAGGUGGCAAAGCCUCUUGUAUCAUAUCUUUAUGGAUGUCUUGUGGUCAGUGAUGCUGGGAUGUACAACUGUGAUGGACACAGAUGUGCUGGCAGAAGCCUUGGUGCAGAAGGGUUGUGGUCAAAGCAGUCUAAGGGAAGUAUGGAAUAGGCUAUAGCUGUGACAACACGUUUGUUAGUUUAGUGAAGGCAGUGCUAGCAGGAUUUGACUGGAUUUGUGUUUUAGUCUCAGUAGAGUGUUUUAUUAACUUCUUCCUCACCUUCAUCUCACCUCACCUCAACUUCUUCAUCACCUCUGCUGAUGGUACAUGUCAGGAAAUGGCAGUGUUUGAGACCAUCCUCACCAGUCCUGCUGGCUGUGGGCUCUGGUGCUGUCUCCUGGCCACUUGCUGUGAGCCUGCUCUGCUGGCCCAGCCCUGGGCAGCCAAAUGGGAGAGGAGUUGGUCUCUAGAUGGGGUGAAAUACUGUUCAGCACAGCCUUACCCAGGGCCAGUUUGAACAGCUGCAUGUGAGGUGUGUCCUCCCGGAGCUGAGAUCCCUUUCCAGCACCUUGCAGAGGGAUCUGGGACUGUCAGUGAAGCAGAGGAGACAGCUCACACUGUGUUUCCAGUAUUUUGGCUCUGCAAGGCCUCUUAAGGAGAAUUACAUGUUUUGCUGUCAAAGAUACAUCCUCUCAGAGACCCUGCCCUUUUGUCUUCUCUCUCUUCCCUGUGCAGUAAGGUUUAUUCACAGAACCACAGACAGAUUUGGGUUGUAAGUGACCUCUAGAAGUGUCUGGUCCAACUGACCUCCUGCUCACAGCAAAGCUGACUCGAGGCCUUGUUGUUCAGGGCUUUGUCCAGUUGGGUUUUGAGAUCCUCCAGGGAGUCUGUGGCCUAUUCCUAGGCUGCAGCACUCCUCUGGAUAGUCACCUGCUGUCCACGCAGCUGUCCUCUCCAGCUGACUGUACCUGCCAGAACACUUUGUCAGGUGUUCUGUUGCCUUCCUGCAGCAUUUGGGCAACAGGUAGAGAGACCUAAUGACCAUCUGUUUUUUACCACUUCCAGGUCUUCUAUUUUUUUUAAUCAUUAUCUUGAUAUCAUUAAGGCAGUUUGGACACACGCUGCUCAAGCAUGUUGUACCUCUGAGCCUUUUUUGUUGUGCUUCUGAUAGUACUUCCAAAGCUUUUGUGCCCAUUCACCCCCUUCCAUUGUGUUUAACACUAUUUUGGAGAUACAUACCAGGAGAAUUUUCUCUUGGACUUGAUCGCUGAGUGGAGUUGGUUCUUGAAGCUGAAUUGCUCUCCAGAUAGCAUUGCUGUUAAGGGUGUACUUACACUUGUUAGUCCUUUCUUUCUUGCAAAACCUUGACACUCAGUGCUUUGGGAGAUCCUGGUCUUACAAGAUGUGAAGGGAUCCAAGCCAUUUCAAACUGCUGCCAGGAUGGCAUUCUGACUGGGUGAGGAUGCUCCUGUUGCCUGUCUUAGCCUUUACUGCUAUGGAUAGCAGCAGGUAAUGCUGAGAUUGAGGAAUGUUGUCAGUUAUAUUUGAAAUGUUGCAGGGAGUCUCCUGGUAAACCUGAUUCCAGGCAAUUCUGUGAGAUCUCUGAAAUUUGUCUUUCUUGCACUUUCUUGAAACUGAAGUUUCUGGAAUGCAAGCUCAGAAUCCAGUUUGGUCAUUCCUGCCCUUGAGGAAUUUACAGGAGACUCGUGGUUGUGUUUUGCAGCACCAGCUGUUCAGUACUGAAGGAUUUAGGCUUUCUGGGUUCAGGGUGACUGUGCUACUACAUUUGAGGCCUGCAGCCCUGAGAUGGGGCUCCCACUGUAGUAAAAUCUGGUUGUGGUCUUCUUUCCUGGCUUUGGAACUAUAAAAAAACAAUUGGUGGAGUCUCGAUGCUGCUGGUGAAAUUCUGGAAAUGCCCUUUUGUUUCCUGUGUACCAGUUACUGUUGUGUAGACAGUCCCAGUCACACGUGAAGACUGGCCUGAAGGGGAUGUGCUGAAAGCUGCUGCAGUUUGCACUGACUGAGAACCAAUAGCACAUUUGAAGGUGAGACAACAUCCACCAAACCCUGCCUGCAAAGCACAAGGACUUGACCAGUGACAUCUGCAGGAGCUGUGGCUGAUUUGGAGUGAGUCACUGCAUGUAAAGCCUCCAAGUCACAGAGGGCUUACAGAUCCAUGGUCAGUUGUUUAAUCAUGUGUUUAUGAGCUUGUCCAGCUUUGAUUUCCAGCUUUUUGUGUCCUUGUGUGCACCUGUCUGUAUCUCUAAGGAGUCAUCUGCUGUAGAUCUUUCUUUGUGAUUUUUUUGAGAGGGGUCAUGUCCCACCACCAUUUCUUUUCAGUGAACAAAAUAGGUUUAGCACUGGAGGGUGUUUUCCAAACCAUGGCUGUUCAUAAAGCAGUGGGAUUCUUGUGUUAGUGUGUCAGAUUUUUUUUUUUAUUUGAAACAUCUCAACUCUUCCAAUAACUGUUAUCAAUUGUAGACAGUAGCCAAGAAUGAGACAGUGAUGGUGUAACAUGGCACUGUGUGCAAGUAGCACUGUACUGAAUGUCACCAAGUGGGGUUUGUGCUCUGAGUUUGCAGCUCAGAGAGCUGCCUUUCCAAAAACACUAGUAAACAGCAAAAUCUUUUCAGCUCCUUUAUGGAGAAUUUUGACAGGACUGAAGCAUGGUCCAUAGUAGUGUGCUUAGUUUACUGGUGUUAUUUUGUAAAUUCAUUUGUGUUUGAGUUAGCCAAUACGUAAUAAAGGUUCGCAGUGCUUGAAUUUAGAAUGCUAACAGCUGUCCAGAUAAACUCAGAUAAAUCACAGCAGAGUAGUUGGCUUCUGCUGUACUCACCACUCAAAAUUAUAUCAAAGUAUAAUAUUGUUAAUGAAGCUGUGUUGACUGAAAGCAUGCUGGUAGGACAUAUUACUUUCUUAAUUUCUUAAUUUUAUUGAUUGAACUUUGUAUUGAUACUGUUGUUUCUGUUGAGAAAUACUAUCUGGAGUGUUUAUGUUUAUUAAAAAAAUCUGGCACAAAAAAAUAGAAGCUUCUUCCAGAACUCAUCUUAGGUCUUGUAGACCUUGUAGAUGGGAGGUGGCUGAAAUGUUGACUUAAGUGUCUUUUGUAGUUACUAGUUAAUUAUUUUCAUAUUUCAAAGGAUCUCUAAUAGAGAAAAAGAUAAUCCUUCAGCCUUCAAAAGUAUUGAAAAUCUGAAUACACAUCCAUGAUCAGAAGUCCAGGACAGAUACUCAAGCAGUUGCUGUUCCUUUGCUAGAGGAAAGCAGUAACUAUACGGCUGUGGGAUUUUCUGUGGGCUGUAAAGACUUCUGAGAUGUUCUCUUCAUUGGGAGAGAGUAGCAACCACAUUUUUUCUUGCUGUCUGUUUUUAAUUAAAUGUUUGAUGGUGGAUCCUCACUUCUGUAGGUAGGCCACAUAUUCCCCUGCUAAUGGUUACCUGAGUUACAGCACCACUGAUGUCUCUAAUAAGCUGGAUAAAGUCCCAGGUAGUCAUUUGGAUGUGCUUAAGUGUCCUGGCAGAGAUAUUGCACUUUGAGCUUCCAGAUCUGAGAGAAGAUCCCACGUGCCCCUCUUUGGCAGAAAGAGCUGGGCAGGUCUGGUAGUCACAGGUACUGGGUUUGGCAGUCAGUUUUGUGUUCUGUGCCAGUCCUGCACACCUGGGGAGGACCCUCAGCUGUACCCAUCACUUCUUUGGAAAUGCUUACUUGCUACCUGAGAAGCAUUCUGCUGCAGACUGCUGUGCAAGAGACUUUGCUCCUUCAACUUGUUCUUUCCAAGAGUAUAUCUCUUACUGAAUACUCCAGGGAGUACUUACUCCUAAGUAAGGAGUUCCCAAAGGGAGCAGUUACAUAUGCUGCUAAGUGCAGGAUUUCAGCACACUGCCUCCUCGUGGUUUGGCCACAUGUUGCACUGUACUCUCCAUGCUGCCAGUUAUAUGGCUGGAAAAGAGAAAGGUUUUGAGCAGACCAGUUACCAAACCCUGGUGACUGAGCUGUGCAUUAGCUGGUCCUGGAAUAAGAGAGGUGAUGACUUGUGGUGGAUCAUUUCAGCACCUGCCAGAAACAAUAAGCUAUUCUGUUUCUUUUGUAGAAAGUGAGAAAAGACUCUAGCAGAGAUAAAGUGCAUGCUCUGUUUGCAGCUUAACUCACUGUGAAGCUCAACAGAAGGCCCAGACAAAUCUGACUGCCUGGGGCAGACAGAAGGAGAGCUUCUUACCUUGCUGCAGCGGAGCAGCUCUAAUUUUUUCUGAUUGAGUUUGACUUCAGAGCAACCCACAGAACUGGAAAAUACUGUUCUUUCCUGUUUUGAGAGCUGCCUUCCUCAUCCUUAUCAGCUGGUGGUUGAAAGGCACUAUAAAGAAUUCAUUGUCAGGGACAUUCCAUGCUUUCCCACUCAGACUGUUGGUCAGUGUCACCUUAGGUCUAGCCUCAACUCUUAACUCCAUCAGCUUUUCCAGAUUCUUUUAAACAUAUCAAGAGUUGGCAUUCACCUGCCCUGUAUCACCUUGGAGCUCUGCUGCAGCAGGUUGAAAAUGAACAAAAGGAAAAUACUUCUAAAAACUAAAUGUUAAGCUGUAGGAUUUAAAACCACUGGAAUUUUAGGAGGUCCAAAGUAUAAAUUGGUUCCCAGUGGGAUUAGGCAGAUUCAUAGAUUUGCCCAGUACAGACUCUUAACUGGGACAUUGUCAGUGCAGCUCAAGCCAAUUGGUUCUUCAGCAGCUGAGUCCUUGAUUGGAGGAUGUGCUGAGGAGGAACAUCCUGUUGUGUUUCUUACACUCUCUCCCCAAGUAUCUGUUCUUGGUGUGAAUAGCAACAGGAUAUUUGAGUACAUGGUCCUUUCAUUGGACUGACUGCAGCAGUCCUUAGCUUUGCCUGUCCUAAGAAGUUUUGGUUUCUUCUUCAGAAUGUGUGAGCUGUUCUGUUGGGAGGAUUCAGACAGAGCUAAUGAGAGGGGACAGGACCUCGAGCACCAGGGGCUGUGAUUCCAAGCAGAGCAUGUGAGUGAGUGCUCUUACUGCAGCCCUGCCUCUGCAGAAAGGUCUGUCCCAGCCACAUCCUGAUAGUUUGGAGUUGCCUUAAUCUGUAGAAUACUUGCUCACUUUCAGAUUUUUCUGUCAAGGACAUUGCCAUUUAGCCAGAGUUUUGUCCUGCAUUGUAUCCCCCAAAAACAAAAAGUGGGAGUUGAAAGCAGUGUUAAGGUGUACACUGUUAAACCAGAUGCCUUUGGUCCACUUGUAGAGCAUGUGAGUUACAGGACAAAUUCGUAGAUUGUUGUUUGCAUUAUGCUCUGAGAGGGAAUGCCCAAAUUAAUUUCUUAUGCAGCAAAUGUUUCCAGGGUCUAUUUCUACCAAUCAAAGACUAGGCCAGCAGAAAAUGGGAAAUGCUUUAGGAGUGGUGGUUGAACCUUAGUGAUCCAUUGCAAACCUGUGCCAAGUGUCUGAAAUAAUUCUGAGGGGUACGUUAGCUCUGUUAAGUAUACCUAUAAAUAAAUUUUCCUUCUUCAUCUGGAUGCCUUGAGGUUUUUUUGCUUAUUAUUGUAGGGUCUGCUGUCUGUCUGUGAAACUGGAUGGGGGAUGUAUUUGAGCAGGAGACAUUGUUCAUAUUCUGAGCAGCAGAAAAAAAGCCAUGUUUAUUAUCUUGGGAGGGUUCUCAUCUGCUUCAAAUCCUUAGAACCUUUCUUUCAGAUGUCUUUGUUUCUAUUUCACUUUGUUCUUAUUUCUGUCAGCCAACCUAAAACAUGUAUUAGAUCCUGUAUUGCUCUGGAAUUGGCUUAUUCUAAAACUUUUGUCUCAUCUUGUAACUAAAAGUGAACAGAAACACCAAAGUCUCUAGGGGUGAAACUUGCUGAGCAUUUCUAAAGAUUACAUUUGCUUUAUUUUCUGUUUGUGAUUGUGGGAACAGUGCUUUAUCUGCCAUAGGAAACAGAAAACAUUACUGUGUAUUUAGAUAAAAUACGGAGACAGUGGCUUUGAAAUCCAGUUGUUGGGUAUGAUUUCCUUAAAUUCCUGCUUGUCUAAGUUUCAGAAGUUGGGUACAGUCUCUGUCCAAGUAUGUUCUGUUUACUUCUGAGCACACCAUUUUGUGAGUGGGAGCUUGGUUGUCCUUUCAGAGGGAAGGACAUAAAAAAGUUACAGUUUCAUCAUCAGUGGAAUUAUAUUAGGCUUCCUCCAUAUAGAUGAGUUAUGCCCACUGUAAGCCCAAAUAAACAAAAGUACCGUGUCUUCUCAUUCAGGGCUUAAAACAGUGCUAAAUUUAGAAUUGGAAUUACUCUAAUAGGGAGGGAUAGGUUGUUGCCACAUCGUUUGAUUCUAGUGCCUGUUUUAUAAUGUCUACUUAGAGCCUGUUUGGGGACAUGAUGUUACUUCAAGUCUUGUACUGCCUUACCACUUGCAGACACCAGCUCCUUCUCCCUUUCCCUCUUCGGGUUUGUCAACCAUUAUCUCCUUGUUGGGGUAUAAUUCAGUUUUAGACCAUAUUACUUGCCUCAUCUCGAAGUCUUGACCUUUCUGUCUUACGAUAAUGUCAACCCUGAGGAGCUGGGCUGUAACUUUUUCUCUGAGGUUGGCAGUCUGCAUCAUUGAACCUUCCUGUUCAAGUGCACUGUUUGUGCCCUGCAAAGUCACCCUGGUCUUUUUUCCUGACUGAAUUGCAUGCUUUUGUCUAUCUUGAUGCUUGUUCUUAUGACCGCUUUUAACAUCAGAGCUUUUCCACCUUUUUUCUUGCCACUCUCCAGAACUCCUCCUAGUUCUAACUAAAGCUUUCCAAUUGUUCCAUUUCUGAAUAAUUACCUACGUAGUUUUGGGCCUAUGCAGUAGCUGUAGUUAUACUGUAACAUUGUUUAUAUCUGUCCUCUGACAAGAUUAAUGCAUGUUGUCAUCCUGUAUCUUGUUAAGACUCACACUUCAGGCCUUGAAAGGAGUUAUUUCUACCUCUAUGUUUAAGAGAAAAAAGGUAUUUUAAAAAUUAAGAAUGUGUUAGCUCCGUAAGAGCAGAUCAGGAGAAAGGACAGAUCAUAUUAUUUGGAUAGAGAAGAAGGCAGGGCUGGGGAUAUUACCACAGAACAUCGGUGGGGAGCCUCCUGAAUUGGUGCUUGAGCCAUUUCUGAUACCCCAGGGUGUCAUUUAGCAUAAGCAAGUUUCUUUGCUGUGCCGUGGUGAGGUGUGUGAGGGCUUUAGAGUUCCCAAAGGUCUGUUAUAGCAAACUACUUCAUCCUGCUGCUGACUUUUGUACCCUCACAAGCAGAGGUGGUUCACAUGCUGGUGUCUGGUAUCCUGGUUAUGGCCUGGCAGCAUUCCUGGGCUUUGUUUUACUCCAGCAGUGUUCAAAAGAGUGGACAGGUCAUUUUCUAUGUUAGACUGCUUUUCAUUAACUUGCAAGUCUCUCUCUCAUUUCCAGUUGCCAUCUUCUAAAUGGAUUCCAGUGAAUUUUCAGGAUCUUUGGACCCCCUGUCCUUGCCUGACAAACCACUCAUUGGUGAUCUUCCUGCUGACAUGGAGUUUGGUGAAGAUCUCCUGGGCUCCCAAACAGCUUCUACCCAGGAAGCUUCAGUUCUUCAGCCCCCUGGCUGGGAUCAAUCCAAGCAAAUGACUGCAGAUGAGGACUUGGACCUUGUAGUGAAAGCAGACAGCAUGUCUGAACUAAAUAAAUCAAAUGACCGUGUUCUAGAUAAACCUGGUGUAUUGGAAAUGCUGGAGAAACCUGGUGUCUUAGAUGAUUUGGGUAAAACUUCUGACUUGGUGGAACUAGAUAAAGCAGAAGGUCUGGAUGGGCUGUGUAAGGCACAACCUUCCCAGGACGUGGAGGGGGGGCUGGCAGACUCCUCUGCCCUGUCUAGAGAAGCCGUUGGUCCAGAAACGGGGAAAGAAGGGGAGGAUGCACCAAAACAUUGUUCUGGGGAUAUAAAGGAAGAUGGUGCUGCUGCUAUUCCUGCACUGUCUGGUGACAAUAUCCCUGAAUCAGCCCAACAACCCCUUGACUCUAGGGACCUCAGCAGUGCCCCAGCUGAGGGCACAGAAGAAACCACAGCACAGUCCUCAAGUCCCGCAGUACCCCCACCCCAACUCAGUCUUAAACAAACGAAGAAAAUGAAGUUGAAGGCACCAAGGAAAAACUCACCUGUGCAGAGGGAAGGGCUGGCAGGGGAGGCGGAGGCGCAACUAAGCCCAGACAACAGAACUGCAGCUUUGCCCUCUGAGCCUGUGGAAGAAAACCGUGCAGAGGAAGGGAAUGAUAAUGGAAAGAAUUCACAUAAAGAAAACAGUGUACUCAAAGCACAGGAAGCCUUACCACCAACAGGAGAAAGCCUGUCUGGGAAGGGAAGUGAGCUGCCAGCUGAGAAGGAGCAGAAAAGAAGCGAACGACCCAGAAGAUCAGAAACUGCCAGGCCUGAAACUGUGAACUCCUCUGAGAGCAUUCCAGUCUCUGACGAAGACUCUGAUGCAAUGGUGGAUGAUCCCAACGACGAGGAUUUCGUUCCUUUCCGCACGCGGCGCUCCACUCGGAUGUCCCUGCGCACUCAGAUGGCCCAGCGAGCCGCCCGCUCCACCUUCACCAAAAUGACGUGUGCCAACUGCCGGACCCCGCUGCAGAAGGGCCAGACUGCCUACCAGCGGAAAGGGCUUCCUCAGCUCUUCUGCUCCAGCUCCUGUCUCACCACCUUCUCAAAAAAACCACCUGGCAAGAAGAUAUGCACCUUCUGCAAAAAGGAGAUCUGGAACACCAAGGACUCUGUGGUUGCCCAGAUUGGUUCAGGUGGCUCUUUCCAUGAGUUCUGCACCUCUGUCUGCCUUUCCCUCUACGAGGCCCAGCAGCACAGACCAGCACCUCAGUCUGCAGAUGCCUCGGACACCAGCCGCUGCAGUGUUUGCCACAGACCUGGCGAGAUCCAGCAUGAGGUCAGCAAUGGGAGUGUGGUUCACCGCAUCUGCAGUGACGCCUGCUUCACCAAGUUCCGGGCCACCAAGGGGCUGAAAACGAACUGCUGUGACAACUGUGGACUUUAUAUCUACAACAAGGGCUUGCCCCUGGAGUACCUCUUCCAUGAAGGCCAGCAAAAACGCUUUUGCAACUCUGCCUGUCUCAACAGUUACAAGAAGAAGAACACUCGGGUCUACCCCUGCAUGUGGUGCAAGACGCUGUGCAAAAACUUUGACAUGCUGCCCAACGUGGAUCGCAGUGGCAAGAUGGGCCUGUUCUGCUCCAUUUGCUGCACUACCUCCCACAAAGUGAAGCAGUCAGGCCUAGUUGGUCCCCCUAGACCCUGCAGCUUCUGCAGAAAGAGUUUAUCUGAACCCUGCUAUUACAACAAGACAGACCGGGUUGUCUACCAGUUCUGCAGCCCCAGCUGCUGGACCAAAUUCCAGCGCACCAGCCCAGAAGGUGGGAUCCACCUCAACUGCCAUUACUGUCACAACCUGUUCAGCGGGAAGCCGGAGAUCCUAGACUGGCAGGACAAGGUGUAUCAGUUCUGCUGCAAGGACUGCUGUGAGGACUUCAAGCGGCUGCGUGGGGUGGUGUCUCAGUGUGAGCACUGCAAGCAGGAGAAGCUGCUGCAUGAGAAGAUCCGUUUCUCUGGAGUGGAGAAGAACUUCUGCAGCGAAGGGUGUGUGCUUCUUUACAAACAGGAUUUCACCAAGAACCUGGGCCUGUGCUGCAUCACCUGCACCUACUGUUCUCAGACCUGCCAGCGGGCGGUCACCGAGCAGCUGGAGGGCAGCACCUGGGACUUCUGUAGUGAAGACUGCAAAAGCAAAUACUUGCUCUGGUACUUCAAGGCAGCUCGGUGCCAUGCCUGCAAGCGUCAGGGGAAGCUGCUGGAAACCAUCCACUGGCGGGGGCAAAUCAAACACUUCUGCAACCAGCAAUGUCUGCUGCGAUUUUACAAUCAACAGAACCAGCCCAACCUGGACACGCAGAAGGGGCCCGAGAGCCUGCUGAACAGUCAGACUUCAGAGCCAAAACCAGCUGUCCCUUCCCCACAGAAGGCAGAGACUAACAUGCUGUCAGCAAAGGCCUCCUCAGCCCAAGCGCCUCCAGCUGUGCCGCCUCCCACCCCACCUCUGGUUCCAGCCACCCCUCGGAAAAACAAAGCUGCCAUGUGUAAACCACUGAUGCAGAACCGGGGUGUCUCCUGCAAGUUUGAAAUGAAGUCCAAAGGAUGUCAGACAGAGGCUGACUGGAAGCCCCAGCUGGUUGUGUUGCCAAUCCCCGUCCCGAUCUUCGUGCCUGUGCCUAUGCAUAUGUACUGCCAGAAAGUACCUGUGCCUUUCUCCAUGCCUGUCCCGGUGCCUGUGCCAAUGUUCCUGCCCACCACACUGGAGAGCACAGAGAAGAUUGUGGAGACCAUUGAGGAACUGAAGGUGAAGAUCCCCUCCAAUCCCCUAGAGGCUGACAUCCUGGCCAUGGCUGAGAUGAUUGCAGAGGCUGAGGAACUGGACAAAGCCUCCUCGGACCUGUGUGACCUGGUGAGUAACCAGAGUGCAGAGGGUCUCCUGGAGGACUGUGAUCUGUUUGGACCAGCCCGGGACGAUGUGUUGGCUAUGGCUGUCAAGAUGGCAAAUGUCCUCGAUGAGCCGGGCCAGGACCUGGAGGCUGACUUCCCUAAGAACCCUCUAGACAUCAACCCCAGUGUGGAUUUCCUCUUUGACUGUGGGCUGGUGGGACCAGAUGAUGUGUCCACAGAGCAAGAUCUGCCUCGAGCUGUCCGGAAGGGGCAGAAGCGCCUGGUGCUCUCUGAAAGCUGUUCCCGGGACUCAAUGAGCAGCCAGCCCAGCUGUACAGUGCUCAACUACUCUUAUGGUGUGAAUGCCUGGAAGUCCUGGGUGCAAGCCAAAUACGCAGGGGGAGAAACCAGCAAGGGAGAGGAGCUACGCUUUGGCCCCAAGCCCAUGAGGAUCAAGGAAGACAUCUUAGCCUGCUCAGCAGCUGAGCUCAACUAUGGCCUGGCCCAGUUUGUCAAGGAGAUAACCCGGCCCAAUGGGGAGCGCUAUGAACCAGACAGCAUCUAUUACCUCUGCCUUGGCAUCCAGCAGUACCUGCUCGAGAACAAUCGUAUGGUGAAUAUAUUUACAGACCUUUACUACUUGACCUUCGUGCAGGAGCUGAACAAGUCUCUGAGUGGCUGGCAACCCACAAUCUUACCAAAUAACACAAUUUUCUCCCGUGUCGAGGAGGAGCACCUCUGGGAGUGCAAACAGCUGGGUGUUUACUCACCCUUUGUGCUUCUCAACACCCUCAUGUUCUUCAACACUAAGUUCUUCGGGCUGCAGACGGCAGAGGAGCACAUGCAGCUCUCCUUCACCAACGUGGUGCGCCAGUCCCGCAAGUGCACCACAGCCCGUGGCAUGACAAAGGUGGUGAGCAUCCGCUACUAUGCUCCAGCCAAGCAGAAGAAAAGCCGAGAUGGCGGCUCUGGAAAACGGAAACGUGAGGAGGAGGUACCGAUGCUGGAGCAGCGGGAGAACAGGAUGAAUCCCCUCCGAUGCCCAGUCAAGUUUUAUGAGUUUUAUCUCUCUAAAUGUCCCGAGAGCCUGCGGAACCGCAACGAUGUGUUCUACCUGCAGCCCGAGCGGUCAUGCAUCGCCGAGUCCCCGCUCUGGUACUCGGUGAUCCCCAUGGACCGCAGCAUGCUGGAGAGCAUGCUGAACCGCAUCCUGGCCGUCAGGGAGAUCUACGAGGAGCACAGUCGGCUCAGCAGCCUGGAGGAUGACAUGGACUAAGGGUGAGGUGCUGCUGGACUGGCUGCACUCCAGCCCUGGACACCUCAUCUUGCUGCUUCCCUUUGCAGGGCAGGGGCCAUGCAGCAUAGGAGGGGAUGGUGCUACAGCAGUACUGUCCCUGCAUCAUUACCAGACGUGGACCUCCCAUCCUGCUCGUUACAGGCAUCCCCUACGUACGUGGCCCCCACACUCAGCUCUGUCUCCAGUUGGCUGCUGGGUGAGCCAUUUUCCCCAGGGCCCGUUCGCAUGGCACAGGAGUGGCAGAGUCCCUGAGGCAGCUCCCCUUGCCCAGCCCUGUCCCUCCCCUAUCCCCAGCCCUGCCACUACCCCUCUCUUCCUGUGCCCCAGGGCAGGAAUUGCACAAGAUGCAGUGCACCAUUGGACCAGUGGCCUCUGAAGCUUUUACUUCUCUCUUCCUUUAGCAUUCCCUCACAAGGCAGGAGCUAUCAAGGCAGGAAGAGUAGCUCUGCUGCUGGGGCAGGAUUGUCUUUUCAAGCCAGUGGGCAUGGGCCACAGGCAGCCUGAGGGCCUGAGGGUCACAGGGAGAACUUAUGUCCCAGUUUGGGAAAGAUUUGGGUUGGUUGCAGGGAGUGGAUGGAGCUCACACUGGAAUUUGUGGGCAGAGAUCUGGCCUUGCCACAGAGACACCUCAUCUGCAGCCAGGAUGCCUCCCUCUCUUUGGUCAAUGUUUUCUGAGUGGUGAAAACUGAUGGAGAUGGGUCUGUGCUAGUGCUGCACCUCUCACCCCACUGUGCUCUGUCGUGGUGUAAGGACCCUCCCCUGUGAAAGGUGGCAUCAGUGGGAACCUCUGCUCCAGCCACGGGCCCAGGCAUUUCCUGGCAGAAGCAGGGAGCCCUGCCUGCCCUCCCCCUCCCUCCCACAGCCACAGGCUGCCAGCACCCUACCCAGGGCAAGUCUGGCUCCAGCUGUGCCACUCUGUGCUGCCCCCUGCCCCUUCUUGUGUUCUGGUCAGUUUUCUUGAGCUGUACAUGGGUCUCCUGUUGAGCCUGUAUAUAUUGUUCUGGGCCCUGGCCUGGGGCCAUCUGUUCUGUGUCCAUGUGGAGAGUGAGCUGCUCACCAGUCUUGUUGUAGUGAUGCCAGGGCGGUAGGACUAACCCUGUGUCUCUGGAAACCAUUCAUUUCAAAUAAAGAUGUGGAAAACUUUGGCA